AUAUAGCCCCUUAUAUUCUCUGUGGGAAACGCAGGCUUAUGCAGGAAUGCUAGUGAGAAGAUGGAGACUGAGUCCUUCUGCACAUGUGAGUGAGAUCAGGGAGAGGCAGCAGGAAGUGGAGAAAUUUCGGUGGUUUCAAAAAAGUCCACGAGUCAGGAUAAAAGACACAAUUAGUAAGAAGAUUACAGACUGUUUACCAACCGAGUGAAGAAAGAGCCAGGGGCAGAGUCUCCCACACCAUGGACGACAUUCUCUCACCCGGGUGGCGAAAUCGCUCUCAGUAGCAGCCAGACGGCACAGAGCAGCAGCAGCCGUCGUACGUUAGCAUUUUAAUUCUUAGGAUUCAUAAAUCGAGAGAUAAAAUGACAUGAAACAAAUCCGGAUGCUUGGUGUUUGACAGGCCGCACGAUCAGCUUUCUCCUGGGUCUUCUUCCCGACCAUUGUGAUAAUGGAAGAUGGGAUCACAGAAGACAGUGAAGAACAUGAAUGUGAAGUCCACAUAGCCCCACCACGCCUCCACUUCUCAAAAAAGUGUGGAGAAGGUCCGCAAUGGACAAACGGACAGUGUGUCAUAGCAGUGCCCAGUUGCCCCAAACUGUGUCGCAAGUUCGACAUCCCCCACUGCCGAGCUCUGCUGGAACAGCGCGGCUUUAAUAUUCCUGCUCAAGAUUUCGACAGACCUCUACAAGUCGCACUGGACUCCCCCUCAGUCAGAAGAUACCUCUUAUUCAGCUCCUCGGUCUUUCAGUUCGUCUUUGCUCUGGUGCUGUAUUUGGUGGUGUGGUGUGGCCUUUACUCCACGUUCCAUCUCUACAUAAGGCUGAACCUUGACGGUUUUGGGAUUCUCUGCGCCUCUGUCACUCUGGCCUCCAUCUUCAUCACCUCCGCGAUUCUGCUCAUUGUCAAUCACAGCUACAAGCAGAUAAACAUUAACACAGAUGUUAGGCUGGUCCAGGUGAACGAGAGGCUAUGGAAGUACAGAUUGCUGGUGGGCCUGGAUGAAUCAGAAUGUCUCUGUAUGGGGACUUUACGACUGUACUUUCUGUUCUGGGAUCUGUCUCCAUGCCUAACCAGACUGACAAGCUCUUUGGAGCAGAUGAAGCUCGCAGGGACCGACCUCCAGAAAAGACUCAAACGAAGCAUGUCACAUCUACACCUGCCGAUUACGGUAUCAAGCCACGAUAUUGGACAUGGAGGCACAGAUGAGGAGCGGUCUGAGGAAACAAGACCCCUGCUCACAGAGAAUGAAGGCAGAGGGCGCAAUACUGCAAACAGCCAGAGGGAGUCAGCAUUCACCAAGAGCUACAGCCUUGUGCCAGACCAAACACUCUCUUCUCAGACCAUAGCGUAUCGUCUCCUGAUGACCUACAGCGCGACCUACGUCAAGCUCUCCGCUUCCCAGUGGCUCCCCACCUCCCCGACGUCUUCACUGCACGCACUGAACUCUGACAGGCCUCACUGCACCACGGCCCCUGUCUGCCUGUGCCAGUAUAUUCAGAAGAAUGUCCUGUAUUAAUCAGGAACUUCAGCUGAUGGGAGUUUAAUCCAAUGUCUUAAUCAGAGGCAAGCAUUACACAUUAGACGCUGUACUCAACGUCUGAGUGUCUGACUCAUUAUAGGUCUUCCUGUACUUACAGUUUAAACGACUGAAUCAUAAUAUUCUGGGUCCAGAAUUAGCUCCAGGAUAUUAAAAUGAAUGUUAAAUAUUUCAUGAUUAUCAGUUAAGUAGCAAAACAAGUCAAACGAUGAACAGCCAUGUGGUCAAGCCCAGUGCCAAUGCGAAGAUGGAAAAAUUUGUACUUGCCACUACUGAGGAAGUACUAUGUAAGUUCUACAGUGCUGAUAUGUUUAGCUCAUUAUCUUCUUAUGCUGAAUGAUGUGUUGACUAGUUAAUAAUGGUAAUGACAUCCUGCCACUGUAUCCUUUCAUUACUAGGAGGACUUGGAGAGGAAUGAUGGGUCAGCCCUGAGACUGUAUGUCCCAUAACUUCAUAAAGGUGCUCCUCAAAGAGCUGACUGAAAUAAAGGUGCAACAACUUACUUAUUUCAA